AUGCACAUUUAUACUUUUUCGGCAGUUCAUUUUGGAGUUGAACUUCUAAAUCUCUCUCAAGAGCCGGCUCAAUAUGUCGCUCCCGGUUACUCUCUUCUCAAUACUGACUUGAGCUUCGGAGCAGGUCCCCGCCGACACACCGUCGGCGGGUCCUUUUGUUUUGCAGGUGUCCAUCUCGGAGGCUGGUGGCGGACGUUGGUCAGGAAAAUCGGUGCUCACCGGAUCUCAAACACAUUGAAGCAAGGUCCUCCAAGCUUGGCAUCAACAGAUGGGGAUGCGUCAGAGGCCAGGAAUUUCGUGGCCAGGGAUUUUGUACCUAUGGGAUUUAUAUCCCCCCAUUUGUUUGCGGCUUCCCACACGGAGGGCUCAAGAUUGGGUGCAUAA